UCACACACCCGCCCCCCCGCGCCCCUACUCCGUCACUCCGCUAUUCCACCGCCCCGAGGCGGCCGCCGUUGAUCCCCACUACGCCAGCAGCCCUCCUCCGCUGCCGCCCCUCCGCCCCCACCGCUAUUAUCGUCUAUCUCUUUGGGUAGCUUGCGUUCACCUGCGGCCACGCCGGCUGGAAUUUCUUCCCCGUGGUCGAAGUCAUGUCCAGGUUUCGAUCUCUAUGGAAAGCUUCGGUGAAUGCUACGAAGAGAGCCCUUAAAUGGAAUGUAGAAGACUUAAUGCCACCAAGUGAAAAAUAUGUAUUCAAUUUCAAUUCGAAGGAAGAGCUGAAAAGGUGGCAUUUGUACUCUGAUUCAGAAUAUGGAGGUUUGUCAUCAGCUUCCUUGGAAAUCACUGAUGCUGGUACUGGUGCUGGAUUAAGCGGGAUUUUCUUGGGCAACCUUUCCAAGGAUGUAACUGAGGGUUCCACAUGGAGAAUGAACCGGAGUGGUUUCUGUGGAAUGCGGUCAAAGAAGUUUGACGGCUUCAUUGACUUGGAUGCAUAUGAUACAAUAGCCAUGAGACUGAGAGGGGACGGAAGGUGCUAUAUAUCUACCAUAUACACGGAGAACUGGGUAAACUCACCUGGGCAACAGGAAGACAACUCAUGGCAAGCCUUUGUUUUUGUACCCAAGGACGAAUGGCAUAUUGCAAAGAUCCCUCUACUUCGAUAUUUACCAACAUGGAGGGGAAACAUUAUCAGUGCGAAGUUGGAAAUGAACCCAUCCCGCAUAGUGGGAAUGUCUCUCUCUGUUAAUGCUGAAGGUGGUGUACCUGGUGCUAAAUCUGGACCUGGUGACUUCAGAGUGGAAAUUGAUUGGAUUAAAGCAUUGAGAACAUUAUAAGCUAUAGCAAGCAUCAUUUGUUUUAAAAAAUAUUUCACACUUUGGGACGACCCACCAGCAACCAUGAGGUAUUUGGUCCUCAUUGCAAACGUUCAACGCAAACUAUUGCAGGGCCUUGGAGAUUUUAUUUGUGCAUUAACACUCUCAUAUUUGGGCUGCAGAUGAGGAUACCAAUAUUAUGCCAAGCCUUGACCUUCUUGACUAAGAACUUGUUCGUCAUUUGAGUGUCUUUUGUAAUUAUUUGUGAUGUUUCGAAAGCUCUCCAGACAAUAGGAAGCAAUUUCUUUUAAUAAUUAAUUUUUUUAUUGGUAGACCUGA